AUCGCUGCUAAAUACCGGAAAUAUAGAGUCUCUUACCAUUCAUUACCGAGUCAGAUUCAGCUAACGGAAACUAUCGAGUAUUGCCGAAUGUGGCUGUAUAUACUGAUUUAGAUUUAACACGAGGGGCAUGAAUAUAUACUUCUCAAUUCAAGUCUGUUUCAAUGACUUUUGUCGACUGGUUAUAAUUAUAAAUUAUUUUUUGCACUGUUAUUUUUUUACCGCGAGUAGAACCAGACGCUCCAGUUUUAUCAACAGUAGCUUAGUCUUGUGUAUCACAAUGAGAGGUUUGGAUACUUCUAUGUUUAUGAUAGGCGCACUGGCAUUUGGAAUAAUCGCCUUCGGAUUUGAUUUAGUUGGGAUUUCUUUGCCGGGUUGGGUACAAUCCAGAUAUUUAUGGAAAUCUUGCUCUGCAGGUGGUUGUACCUUCAUCUCAUUUAAGGAUUUGCCAUCUGACAUCAAGGCUGGUCUGGCCUUUAAUGUUCUGGGAUUUCUGGCAGGCGGUGCCGCUGUGUUGGUGAUAAUUCUCUAUAUUUUCUGUCUAAGAAAUAACAAUAUAGUUCGAGUUGUCGGUAUGAUUACAGCCUUUGUCGCAGCUGGCUUAAUUAUGGUUGGUGUUAUCAUAAUUGGAACCUCUGAUGAGGUAAAAAGAGGAGCCAAGGUCGGUACGCCUAUGAUUUUAGCUAUCAUCGGAGCAGUAUGUUAUAUAGUCACAGGAGUCUUGGUGGCCCUUCAUUACGAACGUUAAUUACAACUUUCUGGAAAUAGAGAACUGUUUUCGUUUUCUAGCCGUUUAAACGCUUCGUGGCGUAAGUUAUAUUUUGUACUGGUUUAACGUCAUUUGUCUACAUUUAUAAUAUAUUAACGUUAUAACGUGACGUAGUGUAUAGUGUAUAGGGGUUGAGAUAUCUGAAAUAUAGGCCUAGAAGUUUCUCUGAUCCAUCUUAAUAGGUCGCUAGUUUUUGAGAAUUGUUAUAUUUAUCUGAGUCAUAUAUGGGACAAAAAAUCCUGGAUGUUCUUGCUAAAGAAAUCAAUGCAUGACGUUUAAUGCAUAAAGUCUGAAUUGAACUGAUCUACUUCUUUCCAUUCAAUAAAUUCAAUACAUAAACUACACCAGUAAUAGGCCUUCUUUUAUUCUUUGUGAAUAAAAGAGUAUUUUAUUCACAAAGAGAAACUUGUCAUACAUGCACGCCUGUAAACUAUACUUUGGAGAAUUCAAAUCCCCCAUUUUUCAACUCACUAUUCAAAACUUAUAUAUUGUUAUUCAAAUUAAUUUUUUUUUAUCAAAUCACGCUUAUGAAUAGUUGACUUGCAAAAGGCUUGUUUUGUAAGCUUGACCUUUAUUUUGUGUUUUGUGAACUUUUAUUGAAUGAUAUUCUGAAAUAAUAUUCCUUAGCAACAAAACAAUGCAGAUUCCAAAUCGCUAUUAAACAUUGUAAUUACAAUAUGUAAAUUCC